AUGUUGAAUGUACGGUUGUUGAGUGAUGGAAUCACGUUCUGGUUUGCAGGAGAAACCGAUCCCCAUCAAUUGAUCAUUUGUGUGAGCCGGUUGUCGCGGUCGUGUGGAGAAGAAACGAGUCGAAUGUGCUCUAGAGUGUGGAAGCGAUUCAAAGUGUCCUCUACGGAACCGUCGAGUUCGUGGGCCCGGAAGCUCGUCCCGGCCUGGAUUGAGUCCGUGUUCCUGGUCCGCAGCUCUGGUCGUCGAGCGCGACGAAACGGGGAAAACAUGGUGAAGACGUUCCAGGUGUACCUUCCCAACUGCCAUCGCACCUACUUGUGCGUGCAUUGUCGCGCGCAUCUGGCCAACCACGACGAGCUCAUCUCCAAGUCGUUCCAAGGCAGUCAAGGGAGAGCCUACUUGUUCAAUUCUGUAGUGAACGUUCGUUGUGGUCAAGCCGAGGAGAGGGUUUUGUUGACUGGAUUACACGCUGUUGCCGACAUUUAUUGUGAUAGUUGCCAAACUACUCUCGGCUGGAAAUACGAACACGCUUUCGAGACGAGCCAGAAGUACAAGGAGGGCAAGUACAUAAUAGAGCUGGCGCACAUGAUCAAGGAAAAUGGUUGGGACUGAACAGAAAACCCGGCUCCGAUUGGUCGUUGGCUUCUGAUGUUUCAAGGAUCGUUGCCCAGAACAGAAUUGCUCUUGUGCAAAGUGACAUCAUGCUUGUAUUGUUUGAAGAGCCGUGGACGUGUCGCCUGAAACUCGGUUCCUGUCUACCGUGUGUAUGAAUGCGCUUGUCGAUUCACUUAGACGCAUGAGGAAUCUCCUGUAUUUUGUGUAUUUUACCCGAGCGUGGUUUAUUGCGGCCGGUUGCUUUAAUAGGGAGUGGAAAAUCGUUGUGAGACGCGAGUGGUGCCGUGUGGAGGGGAGCUGAGCAGAUUGCUUGGAAGGAAUUGCCGCGUGUAGGACGGAUAUGGCUUAUAGUUACUCACCGAGUUCAUUAAUCGAUGCUGUGUGUACGUACCGUAUCCUUCAACAACAUCUGUAUUUUUCUUCCGUUUUCUUCGUGUCAAGAGUGAGAAGCCGAAACUGAGAAUUGGAAUUCUGUAACUCCCAUCGUGACCAAAGAAGUGAGGAAGGAUCGUUGACCCCGGAGUAAUCAAUUGGCUUUUUUGUACCUACCGAAUUUUGUAGCUGUACGUGAGGGAAGGGGUGUUCGGGGGUUUGAACACGAAUUUGAAGGAAAAGUCCGAAACCCAUUUCGUUAAUUGGUGAUUGUUUCUGAUCCAGUCAGUUGCGGGUCAAAGUGAGUAAUUUACGUUAAGUGAACACUUUCAAUGAAACUUUUGACGUUGAGCGGUCCUGUGGGAGUACAAAUAUUGUUUUGGUCCAUGCUUGUUUUCUCAACGAUCACACGGAGGAUUUCGAGGCGCGUGUCUUUUAUUUUCUGUCGCACUCGGUGUUGUCUUGAAUUAUUCCCGUCUCGAGAAAUGAUGCGAUAUUUUCCGUUUCGCUGGAUUGUACAGUACCGUAUUGGAUGAAAAAUGAAUGUGUUGAGUUUGUGCCACGUACUUCGUAUUGUCAAGAGGUGUGAUAAAGUGAGUCGGAUCUUGGAAAUACUUUUAUCGAGUGUGAUUGGAGUAAGUCGAUGUGGAAAUCCUCCGUUGCUCUGGAUUUUCUCGCGUCUCUCUGUUUUCUUGCCUCUACGGAACUCGAGUUUUGUUUUUUCAAUCGUCUGCAUAACUCGACGUGUGGUUUUGAUCUCUCGCGAAAAGGGCGUCGAAGUCGCAAAAUUGUCACGCGUUUAUCUGAGAUUGGAUUUUCCCAGGAGUUUUAUUCUGACAUUGCUACUGUCCGGUCUUUGGUUGUGAUCGCUUUCACCCUCGUUGUGCUGCGCAAUUCUGGAAUCGUAGUCCAUCCUUGUACAAAGCAUCGUUAGGAACACCCUCUGAAGGAACGAGUGUUAAUUUUUUGUCUUGAGUGCUACUGGACGGGAAAUGAAUGACGAGUAUGAACUAGACA